AUGAUGAAGGAUGUGCCGGGCAAGCUUAAGCCGGCGAUGUUUAUACCGGCGAAGCCCAGGAAACCUAAGCCGGCGAUGGUCAUGCCGGCGAAGCCCAUGCCGGGCAAGCUCAAGCUAGUGAUGUUUAUGCCGGCGAAGCCCACGCCGGGCAAGCCCAAGCCGGCGAUGCUUAUGCCGGCGAAGCCCAAGCCGGCGAUCCCUGAUGCUGCUGGCCCUUAUGCUGCUGGCCCUCAUGCUGCUGGCCUUGAUGCUGCUGGCCUUGAUGCUCCUAGCCCUGAUGCUGCUGGCCUUGAUGCUGCUGGCCCUUAUGCUGCUGGCCCUCAUGCUGCUGGCCCUGAUGCUCCUAGCCCUGAUGCUGCUGGCCUUGAUGCUGCUGGCCUUGAUGCUCCUAGCCCUCAUGCUGCUGGCGCUGCGGCGCUUUAA